AAUAAUAAGUCGUUGGUCCUCGGCAAUCAAUUCAAUCACUGUCCAAGUCUCAAUCACUCUCAGAUAUCCUCGUUUCAGAUACCCAAUAUGAUGCUCUCUGGGAACUCCUCAUUCAUUUCGUCUCCAUUUUCCCUAGCAUUCUCGCCCCCCAAACGCAUACCCUGUCUUCAAUCCUCCUUUUCCUUCAAGCCAUACUCCCGCUCAGGCCGCUCCCCACCGUCCAAGACCGCCGUCAGGAUGUCCUCUUCCCAGACUCUCGUCGAGCACGUCGUUCUCUUCAAAGUGAAAGAGAACACUGACCCUUCCAAGGUCAACGCCAUGGUCACUGAGCUAAACAGCCUGGUCUCCAUCGACGAAGUCCUCCACCUGGCCGCCGGUCCCGUCUUCCGUAACCAGUUCUCCUCCCUCAACUACACCCACGCGCUCCACAGCCGCUACAAAACCAAGGAAGACCUCGAGGCCUACGCGGCCAACCCCAGCCACGUUGGUGUGGUCAACGAGUCAGUCCUCCCGAUUAUCGAAGACGCCAUGGCCGUCGAUUGGAUUGCCGAUGGUGGUUACGAAGACGAUCUCGUGGCUCCACCCCCGGGAUCCGCCGUUCGACUCAGUUUCUUGAAACUCAAGGAGAGCCUAGGCGACAAGGAAAAAUCUGAGAUUCUUGGUGUCAUUAAGGGACUUAGGCGUGAUUUCCCAGAGAUCAAGCAGAUUACUUGUGGGGAAAACUUCUCGCCGGCGAGAGCCAAGGGAUACUCGCUAGCUUCGUUCGCUGUUUUUCCGGGAAUGAGCGAAAUGGAUGCGGUGGAUGCGAAGGAAGAGUUGGUGAACUCUCAGAAGGAGAAGAUUAAGGAAUACCUGGAGAGCAUGUUCGUCGUUGAUUAUGUGAUCCCAGCACCCGCGAGUCUUUGAAUGGUAUAUUUUUAUGUCACCGGAAAAAACUUGAUCGAUCAAUAAGAAAAGCUUUAAGCUUUAUUUUCUGAAUCAGUA